ACAAGUAUCAUCACAAUUCAGUGAUUAAUGAUCAAAGUAUGCAUAUGAAAGAGUUAAUGGGACUGACGCGUGACGUUCAUUUGUAAGAUAUGUAAAGGUGGAAAAAAAAAGAUGUCCGCGUAUCUCUGGGAUCUUGGCAUAAUAAAUGUUCAAAAAGAAUAAGAAAAAAAAGUGAAAAUUUGUAAAAAAUCUUACCAAUAAAACGAAAAUUUUUAUGCAAAGAUAAUUCUACCUAUUGACAACAUGAAUACACAUAUGCCAGAUGUAUUCAUGGAUUCUCUAUUAUCAAGACGUUCCUGGGAAUCCGCGAUGUCAAUCGUGUCUAUUUCAAAUGAGCUCCUUUCGAGGAAAAGCAAUAAAAAAGACGAAUCCUCGUUACACGUGCGAAAUUGGCACGCGGAUAAAGUGAGCGUCUCCCAUAUUUAUUUAUUAUCACUGAUAUCCUCUAUUAGCACUUUAAGUGGAGCGCAGAAACAUGCUUUGAUUAUCGGAUUGCAGCAGCACGUGCAGUGUCCGCAGAACAAGAGGAAGAAAAAGUUCUGUUCUGUGUCAAGGACGAGUGUUUUAGCCAUGCCAAAGGAGCAUACUGAGCUUCGUGUCAUCCAGAGAGAUCCGACUAAGGUUAAGCUUGGGGCACUGCUCUACGAAAUUAGCGAAAGAACCAAUGCAUUGGCUAAACCGAGGAUACCAAAGAUCAAUACUUCCUCACGUGAAUUAAACAAAAGUAUUGAUUUAGCUAAACUUCCCGAAGCGAGUCCUCGUCUUUUGGAAUUGUCACGUCCUAAAGUAAAUUAUAGUCCGCCUCCAAGACCGGUUGGUUAUGUGGAGCGGAGUGCUUUGACAGCUGUAGCCACACCGCGGUUGAUCCAGCUCUCGAAACCGCGAAAAAGGCGAACACCGAGGCCGCCUAAAAAACGAAGGUUACGCCGUAGAAACUGCAGUCCGAGGAUCACGCAUCUCGCCAGGCCUAAGUGCAGUGUGGGAAAACGUAUAGUGCAUGGAUUGUUUGAGAGACCUGGAAACUCUCAAGGACGAAAAUGGUGGUCGUGUUCAUGGAAAGUUCGAUCUGCCGAUGGUAAACUUCAAAAGCGCAAGAGAAUUAGUAAAAAAGGACGCACUGUACAUGUCACGGAUUCUACUAGGUCUGUGAUAUUGGUUAAUAUGAUAAGUAAAACAGGAAAUAAGAAGAAGGGACUCAAUUCGAAGAAACGACGUCUUAAAACUGUUCCUACUACAAGCAAUUUUAGAGGAAAUGAAUACAGAGCUUUGAAUACUCACCGCAAAUAACGUCAA